CACUAAAACCGCGACCGAACCAUGAACGCACGUUCCAGGGAUGCACCCGGGAAUAAGCAGACAGACACUUGCAGGAAAUAACGCCUUACCGUGAGCGCGCGUGGUGGACUUUUCUGCUCCUGAAAAAGAAGGCAAAGUUUUCCAGAUCUGACCGCAGAAGAAUUUACACAACCGAGACUAGGUCUGCUUAUGCAACGCUGUGUUUGACUGCGCGGCUGUCACGGAAACACGCCGUUGUCGCGGGAGCUCGCGCUGCACUGCUCAUCAAUCAGCGGCGGCGAGUCCCGAGCGUGUACGCGCUUCUUUUUUUCCAAAAGGAGGCGGAUUACAAGAUAAAAAAAAAAAUAAAGAUAAAAAAAAAAAAGUAAUUAAAAAAAAGUUGCCAAACUGAAACUCUUACAAGCGCAGGAGGAGGAGAUGAAGGAACUGUAAGGAAACGGGAAUGCUGUUUGUUUUUGGACUGUUUGAAAGCGACACUUCAGCUGCUGCUAUUCGGCGUCACACUGUCAAUAAAACAACAACAACAAAUGUGAAGCAGGUUAACGGGGAAUAUUCACAGAGCCGGUUUGGCGGAAGGAGGCGUUCCCAGGUUCUUUCUGUGUGCUCUGAAGACAUUUCAAUCGGAUGUUAAGAGAAUUUUUUAAAAAUACAACCUGAGCGGUGUUUCAAAUACGAAAAGAGCAUUUUGGAUGUAACGAGCGUAGAGGAGAGAAACAUUAGCUUGGCGUGAUACUUUGUGUCUCUCGCUCCCGUCGCUUAUGGAUAUCUUAUUUCCCUCGACUGGCAUUUGUUUUUAGUUCAGUUCCACAAGCUAACGCAUUUGACAGCUGUUUUGGUAGCCUGCACACUGGGUAAAAUGUCGAGGAGAAAGAGCAAAAUGUGAGCCCGACACCUUUAUACACACACGUGUAGAGCUGGGUUAGGGUACCCUGGUGUACCCCCAGGUAGCCUCCUAAUUCAGGUUUGUCUACACACAUCUUACAUUUCUGUGACAAAAUGAUGAGCACCGGCCCCAGCAUCGUGUACGAGUGGCUGAAAACGCUCCAGCUCUGCCAGUAUGCCGAAGCGUUCGUGGAUAACGGCUACGACGACCUGGAAGUUUGUAAACAGAUCGGCGACCCCGACCUGGACGCCAUCGGCGUGUUCAUACCGCACCACCGACAGCGGAUUCACGACGCCGUGACAAGACUUAAAAACGAGGACAAGCAAGCCGCCUCGGGGCUUUAUUUCACAUUAGAGCCGCUGAUCCCAAGCCUGAGGGGAUCCAGGUCGUGGACGGAUCAAAUCGAGAUGACGUGCACGGGAUCACACCGGAACCUGACCCUCCGGAACCGGGAGCUUGUGGUCUACCCGAAACUGAAGCUGAAGAUCAUGAUCAGGGAUAAACUCGUUAGGGACGGGAUUAAUCUGGCUAGGCCUCCAUAUUCUAACAAGGAUGGCUCUCUGGGUAAUAUCGAUGAUCUAGCGCAGGAAUACUCGGAAUACUACAACACGUGCUUCAGUGACGUCAGCGAGCGCAUGGAGGAGCUACGCAGACGUCGCAUCUCCCAGGAACUAGAAAUGGAAAAAGCAGACUCCAGUUCCCUCCAUCAGAACUCUGAGAUCCAGGAGUCCCUCAGCUUGAGCAGUGAGGUGUCUACGCCAGAAACCGAAAGAAAGAUCCCUCUGCACAAGUCCAACUCUGAAGAUGGCUCAGGAAAAUGGGAUAGCAAGAAGAAGAACAAAUCUUUCUGGCAAAACUUCAGAAAAUCCCAGAAAGGGCUCAUGCGACAGAGCUCAAAAGGAGAGGACAUCGGCUAUGUGGCCAGCGAGAUCACCAUGAGCGAUGAAGAGCGCAUCCAGCUGAUGAUGAUGGUCAAAGAGAAGAUGAUCACAGUGGAGGAGGCGCUGGCUCGGCUUAAGGAGUAUGAGAGGAGCAGGCAGUUGAGCACCAGUUCAGACACUGCAGAGUGUGCUGAUGGAUCCAGUCCCACUGUUAACCUGCCCUCCACCUGCAAUUCUCAUGAACAGUCCGAUGAUGAGCAGGAGGACUCUGUGAAAUUUAAGAGGCUUCACAAACUGGUCAACUCCACUCGCCGCGUCCGCAAGAAACUUAUUAAAGUAGAUGACGGCAAAAGGCAGGGAUCGGAAGACUCUCUGAGCUUGGACGUGUCCCCUUCGUGCGAGGACACCAGUGCCCUAUAUGCAGGCGUCAAUAAAAAAGGGACCCGCUGCACUGUGGACUCAUCGCUGUCCUCUCUGCCCCAAGAUCAGCUUUCAGUGGAUGGAGACAGGGACAGCUUAAGUACAUCUCCAUCCUCUAGCAGCUUGGAGGCCUGGAACUCUGCGCACAGGCUGGUAAAGCCUUCAGCUAACCCACACAGCCUGGUCCGGCCUCUAGCCAGCGCCAGCACCGAGGAUGAGCCUGAGACCAGGAAGACGUCCCUGACUCACGGGGUAAGUAUGGACACAGUGUACACACACUACAGCCUUGUGCGGCCUUGUCCUCAACCUCACCGCAUGCUGGUGCCUGUGGAUUGCACCAAGCGGCCUCCUAUCUCCACCUGGCAGCGGAGCAAGCCCGAUCCCAAUUACGCCUAUUCCACCAAGCACUUACUUUACCAACGCAACUUCCAAAAAACCUCCAGCUCUCCUCCGCUGACGCUGCCAUCCUCGCCCUGGGUGCGUGAGCUGGGGAGGGAGAAGGGGAAGGGCAGUGUGGGUAUAGUGGGAACUUGGCUCUGCCCUCCCAAGCGCCUGCGAGGGAGGACAGCCGUCAGCGAGCUGAACAUUACCUACGUGGUGGAGCGCAGCCUGUACAACCACUUGAGCCGGAAAGCCGAAAGGCUCCACCUACUGGAGGAUGAGAGAGACAACGAGCGGAAAUGGGCAUCCAGUGUGGACCGUUGCACCCGACGUGUCCUCCUGCGCAUUCAGCAGAAGUCUAGGACGUGUAGCUUUGGGGGUUUUGAUCUGUCCAACCGAUCACUUCAUGUGGUCAACACAGCUUCUGAACCUCAUGAGCAGGAGGCUUUGUACAGGGACGUGAUAAAGUCUCCUACAAGCUCUCGCAUCUCUCUGGGAAGGAAAGUCAAGUCUGUGAAAGAGACGAUGAGAAAACGCAUAUCCAAGAAAUAUAGUAGUUCUCUCUCUGAGCAGUCCAGUCCAGAUGGGAUUCCCAGCUCUCCUCAAUCUCCUCAGGGAGACACUGACUCUCUGGAAAAGCCCAAACUAAAGGCAGGAGGAUCUGUGGAGAGUCUGCGCAGCUCUCUCAGCGGACAGAGCUCCAUGAGUGGCCAGACAGUGAGCACUACAGACUCGUCUGCCAGUAACCGUGAGAGUGUGAAAUCAGAGGAUGGGGAUGAUGAAGAGCCUCCGUACAGAGGGCCUUUCUGUGGCAGAGCCAGAGUGCACACAGACUUCACUCCCAGCCCUUAUGAUACAGACUCACUCAAACUAAAGAGAGGAGAUGUGAUCGACAUCAUCAGUAAGCCACCCAUGGGCACGUGGAUGGGGCUACUCAACAACAAGGUCGGAACGUUUAAGUUUAUCUAUGUGGACGUCCUGACGGAGGAGGAGGAGAAACCCAAACGCACCAUCAGGAGGAGAAGAAAGGGUCCAGCUCCGAAACCCAGCUCCGUAGAAGAGCUUUUAGAAAGGAUCAACCUAAAGGAGCACAUGCCUACAUUCUUGUUUAAUGGCUAUGAGGAUUUGGACACUUUUAAGUUGCUUGAGGAAGAGGACCUGGAUGAGCUGAACAUCAGAGACCCUCAACAGAGAGCUGUACUGCUCACUGCUGUCGAGCUACUACAGGAGUAUGACAGCAGCAGUGACCCCGAGCGCAGUGCCCUCUCUGGCUCCCAGGAAAAACUCCUCUGUGAGGGGAGGGGCUUGGCAGCUAACUCCCCACGGGACUCUGGUUGCUAUGAAAGCAGCGAAAACCUGGAGAACGGUAAGCCUCGUAAAGCAUCUCGCUCAAGUCGCCGUUCUUCUGGCUUUGAAUCUGGUCGAGUCCAGUCUCUGGAUUUCCCCACGCUUCCCAUCAGCCGCUCCACUGAGGAGCUUCAGCAUCAGUCCAAGAAAGAACGCAAAUUCCCCAAGCACUUUCUUCCCCGGCCUAUCAAGGGCUUCAGCCUGCGUUCUCUGGGCCUCAGGAAGGGCCUUCGAUCAGGAACAAGGCGUCAAAUGCCAGCCAGUCGCAGCUGUGAGGAGCUUGAUGGGACUUCAAACGCUCCAGAGAGCUGGAAACGGUCUCACUCUGUGGGGGACAUACAGUGGCAGCACGCCUUUGACCAGAUCAAGGAGAAAAGAAAUGAGACCCAACAUGGUGGUGAAAGGCAGGAAGAGGCAAACUCUGCAGUUCCCCAGUCCAGCUCUCAGACCAGUAGAGAAUCCCAGUUAGACUCAAAAACAGAGUUGUGUAGAGCAAACCAGGAUCAAGUCGAGAGACCUCAAGUGCCCACCCAGCUGCCGCACAAGCCUUCAUGCCAUGCUCCAGAUAAACAGCCUGGCUCUGCCCCAACCAGCCCAGCUCCUCGUACUCACCCCAAAAAGCCUCCUGUGCCCCCUCCUGUUCCUGCCAAAAAAUCCAAAGAGCGCCUAGUAAAUGGGUUGCGACACCCAUCUUUGGUCCUGCCAAGUUCUAGUCCAGGCAUGCCAACUCUGUCUUCUAAACCCAUAAGUAGUCCUACUAGCCCCUCUGAAAGUAUUCCGUCCACUUCAGUGUCUCCAGAUGAUUCAGAGAAACCACCACCCUGGCUCUCUGACCUGCCUGAGUCUGCCUGCCCACAGAUUCAAGGAGUCAAGGUAGCCCUUGGCAGGAAGAUCUCCCAUGCCAAAAUGACUGAUUUGGAGACACUACUGGAGGAGAAGCUUGGCUCAGAGGGCAUCGAUCUUAUGGCAGAGCCUUACUCGGACAAGCAUGGCCGCUGCGGUAUUCCUCAGCUCUUGGUGCAGAGAUACUCUGAGGACUUCCAGCAGCCACUGAAAGGUGUGGCGUCAACUCUGGACCAGAUCAGAGUUAAGCAUCUGCGCAAGGAGCACCGCAUGGCUAUUCCCUCUGGAGGUUUGACGGACAUGUGUCGGAAACCCAUGUCUCCAGUGCACUUAAGCUCAAUUUCCGAUUGGCUGGUGUCCAUUGGCAUGCCCAUGUAUUCUGACCUCCUACUGGCGGCAGGCUAUGACACGCUGGGCCAUUUGUCUGCUCUUACUGAGGCAGCAGUACGCAAGGCAGGGCUACAGGAGGAGAGACACAUCCGCCGAUUGCUCAACGAAGCCCGGCUCAUCACAGCUAACAAUGCCUCACAGUCUUAACAACACAUGACUGCUUUAUGAACAGCCACAGCUGCUGCCUGCGCUGAUCUGAUGAUGAAACGCAUCAAGUGAAUUUCCAAUGGCAAACCAAGUGCUGGAGUGGAAUGAGGAAUGAGGAAUGAAACUGGGUUCUCUGUAGCAUUUCAUGGAAAAUAUCAUCAUCUCCUUCUUCCAAGCAUUUGUUCUGUCCUUUUCUUUAGCUCUGUAUUGCUGAUGUUUACAGAAAGGACUUCUGUGGCUUCCAUGACCUGUUAGUGGUGGACUUUCCAGCGGGGUCUUUGUAACAAUCCUGAAGGGGUUGCCUUUAAAAAAAAAAAAAAAAAAAAAAAGACACGAUUUUCAAAGUUUUUGAGAUUUUGUAAAGAUUUAGACUAACUCAAGACUGUUUUCUUCUGUGCUGAUGAACACUUGUUUGUAAGGAAGAAGUACAUUUUGUGCUUCUUCCAGCACAGCAAGAUGUUGUAGCCUGGCCAAAGCGAUGUCAUUUCCUGCAGGUUAAUAGGUUCAUACACAACUUCUCAGCUCAUAGAUAUGAAUAUUGAAGGCUACGUCUUUGAUCGGUCCACUUUGGAAUGUUCAUUUAAUGCUCAAGCACAAUGUUGCUAUAUCGGAGUAUAAAUUCUGAGUACUUAGGUCAGAAUUAUGCAUAUUUUAUUUUAUUUGCAGGAGGGAAUAUAUUUGUAUAGUCCAUAAGCCAUUUCAGCUUACUCAGUGCCGAGUGGUUAAGUCGUAAAGCAUUGUAAAGCCUUUUUGCCUUCACUUAGUUAAAGAGAAUAGUGUAUAUUCAGAUAGCAUUUAAUCUUCUAAUAUACAGUAUCUAACAUUCAUUACUCUUCUGUUCUGGGAUAAAUCAUUUAUUACUGAAUCAGUUACAUAUCUUUAAGCUUUUUAUGUUGCCUUUGCCAUCCUGAAACGAUUGACACAUGCUUUCGACAGUAAUAAUCAGCCUUGACUGGGUGAUGCAACAGCGAUAACUUGCUUGUAUUUAAUGUAUAUUUUUUAGACGUUUUAGAGCUUUGAGGAAAACCUCCCCAGCACUGUGGCAAUAUGUAAAUGCUGGUAUUUAAACUUGCUCCAAAACUUUGUCCUUGACCAGUGUAAGCACAGUCUGAAAAUUCAGAAGAAAUCAGAUUUAGAAAGGGCUCACAGAGAAACAGAUUUCUUCAUCCUCCUGUAGGUUAUCUGAUAGAAAACUGCCUUUGGGAAUCCAGUCCAGUGAAGAAGAUCUGCUAUAAGAGCUGUAGAUGUUGACACUCCAGACUGAUGAGUCUCUACAUUAAGGGACCCAUGACGAUGUUUUCCUUUUCAGUAACACUUGAAAAUUUGUCUGUAUCUAUAGAGGUUUUUUUUUGGGUGAGAGAAAAAGAGACAGAGAUGGAAGCAGGCUGGCAUGUCUUUUAAUCCAAACACACAUCUGGCACUGGAGGAUGGGAUUCUACCCAUUAGUGAGGAGUUAAAACCUCAAGGAAGCUUGUCUAAAUAAGGAAUAGGACACGAUGGGGUGUGCUGUUUUAGGAAAAUAGUCAGUGACACGUUGGUACGAUGUGGCCUGACACAACGCAGAGUUACUCUUACCUCCCUGAAAUGUAUUCUUUUCCAAUAACAGCACAAAGUAUUUUACUCCUGUUCUACUACAGCAAUUUGCCAAUGAUAACAAACUUUAUUCAUUACAAGGAUUGUACUUUUUAAAUCAGGUUUUUGUUUUUACACUUAAUGUUGUGGAACGACAUUGAGUUAUAAUUUUCAUUAGCUAAAACUGCUGUAAACUUUUUAUACGUUCCCUCACCAGUGUCUCUUUUUUCUCUCUCAAAGUUAAUACAACAAAAGCAGCUUCUCAUGUUAGUAAGAAAGCACAGGAAAAAGUCCUCCAUGCCAGAAAACCUUCUUUAAAACUAAGUUUUACCUCUAACUGUUACGAAGUUCUGACACUGGAGACUCCUUACAAAAAUGAUCAUUAGAUGUCUCCUUACAGAAAACUAUAUACUAUAUGAAUGACUGCACAUGUUUUCUAACCUGUUUAAGUGAAGCUUCCACCACAGGUUUCCUGUGAAUGAGCUUCAUAACGUAGAAUUUUGACGCACACUAUGGCACAUUUUGGGGAGAGAUGGAUUUCCUACACGCAAUGUUUUUUCUAUCUACUCCAGCACAAUUUACAAUUUACAUUAGGAUUAUCAUAGCACCCAAACUCAGACUUAGCGUCUUAAAGAGGAGCAGAAAAUCAGAACGAAUGCCUUUUAACAAUGCAAUCAUGGUAUUAUGGGGAGUUUUAUAAAAUGUAUAUAAAUAUUUCAUAAAAUGUUAGUAAUUACUAUAAAAUGCACUUUAUAUUCAACUAUAUAAAGAUUAAAGGGAGCUUUUUUCAGGAAGAACAAAUUAGUAAAUGUUAAUGUCCACAGAUGGACAGUUACAUUCAGGUUUUAUGUGGAGGAGUGCAGUGGGUUAUGCUGGUUUAUAACUAAAGUGUUUUUUCCCUGUCAACAUUCAUUAAUUAGAGACUGAACCGUAACAAGCUAAUUACUUCAAAUUGAAUUCCUUAAAAUGAUUCUAAUUACAUAUAUGAAAUUGUGGACAUGUUGCACAUUCUGUAUAUGUAAUUGAUAUUUAAAUAACUUAUUGUUUUUGUUUUGUUUUUCAUAUCAAAUUAUUAGGUGUACUAUAUAUAAAAAUAGCAAUACUCUUUUGCAUAUUGCUUAAGCCAGUGUCCUGCUACAGUAUCUAUUGUAAAAUGUCUGUGUACAAAUGAUUUUUUUUUCUUUGACCUAGCUAAUGAUUGUCUAUAAAGAUUUUGCUUGUGUAUUGAAAAAAAAAAUGUCCAAAAACUAUUUGUCACUCUGAAGUGUAAUAAAAAGAAUCUUCUGACUGGAA